CUUCGAGGCUUUCGGCUCUUCUUGGAACAGGCUUGGUCGUAGGGGGAGUUGUAAUUAAUACUUGCUUAUAUAACGUUGAUGCCGGUCAUGCUGCGGUUAUUUACGACCGUUUUACAGGCGUAAAACCGAAGCCAACUCUUGAAGGGACUCAUUUUAUUACGCCUCUUAUACAAAGGCCCAUAAUUUUUGACUGCAGAACACGCCCUCGUACCAUAAAAACUAUUACAGGAUCAAGAGACCUUCAGAAAGUUGAUUUACAGCUUCGUAUAUUAUUUAGGCCCAAAGUUUCUGCUUUGCCUAAACUUUAUAUGGAGUACGGACCGGAAUAUGACGAAAAAAUAUUUCUUUCUAUCGGUAACGAAGUUUUGAAAUCCGUUGUUGCUCAGUUUGACGCCGAUCAGUUAAUCACUCAGCGCGAGUUAGUUUCUUCUCAAGUUCGCCAGGCCUUAACAAAGCGUAGUAAAAACUUUAAUGUUAUUCUUGACGACGUUUCUAUUACGCAUUUGUCGUUCAGUCAUGAAUACCAGCGGGCUGUUGAGAUGAAACAAGUCGAGCAACAACGAGCCGAACAAGCUCGAUUUCUUGUAGAAAAAGCUGAGCAAGAACAGCUUGCCGACAUGAUUCAUGCAGAAGGUGAGAGUAAAGCCGCUGAACUUUUUUCAAGCGCAAUAAAAACUCAUGGAUCUGCAUAUCUUGAACUUAAAAAAAUUGACGCCGCUGUUCAAGUCGCACAAAAUUUGGCGAACAGCAGGAACGUGACUUACUUACCAGGAAAAAAUAAUUUACUGAUUAACACUAAUUUAACUUAA